AAUCCCGUCUAGACUUUCCCCACUUACGUGAUCUCAAAUUUCUCUCGCAUCCACCAGGCACCCCCAGCACUCUCCUGCAUCCAAACACACACACACCCCAAAUAAUCCUCCGAGGUUCACACCCAUCCGCAAAAUGCCCCGAAUACCUCUCGCCCCGCUCGAAUUCCUCACCCAAACCCGCUACGUCAUUCAUUUGACAACCGGCAAACGCCUCGUGCUGUUCCGCCUCCCCACCAUCGAGCCAUCCGCCACCCCCGCACAGAACGAAGCGAACGGAUGGUCCUACUACGCCAUGGAAGCGGAGUGCCCGCACGCCGGCGGGCCGAUGCAGGACUCGUCGGUCGACAUUGAGGACUCCGCGUACGUGGUCUCGUGCCCGUGGCAUGCGUACGACUUCAACGUGGAAACGGGGGAGUCGAGCGUGGGUAUCACGGCGUGCACGUUUGCCGUCGAUGUGCGGGGGGCAGAGGGCGGGGGGCAGGUGAUGCUGGAAUACCCGGAGGAAGGGGUGGGGGUGGUCAAGCUGGAGGCUGUCAGCGAGAGGAUGCAACUAAAGGAGCCGAAGCAGGCUAAGAAGCUGGACCGGAGGGACGACAGCGCCGCCACUCAACCGGUGGAAGAGGGUAAUACCACCCCCGCAGGACCGGCGGUCUAUCUUGAUAACAACGCGACGGUCUGCGACUGGUGCGCGCACAUCCUCAACACAUCGAACCCGGAGCACAAGAUCGAGUUGACGGCACACCUGUUUUCCAUAUUCACGGCCCGCGAAGGAACAACCGACCAAAUGGAGAUUGGGGAUGGCACUGGCGUAAAUUUGCCCGCGAUGCCGCCACGGGACGGGCUAGUCGAUAUCAAGCCGGGCCAGAUGCCCCGUGCGGGACGCGGAGGCACGCAGAAGAGCCGUAUCAUGAUGCUGCAUGCGCUGGCGAACAUCGAGCAAUGGGCCAUCGAUCUGGCGGUGGACAUCUGCGUGCGGUUUGCGUCGUUCCGCACGAAGGGGGACGAAUCGCGGGGUCUGCCACGGGCGUUCUUCCAUGACUGGUUGAAAGUUGCCAGCGACGAGGCGAAGCAUUUCUCCCUGCUGCGGGCGCGGCUGGAGGAGAUGGGCUCGUACUUUGGGGCGAUUCCCGUACAUCAUGGGCUGUGGGAGUCGGCGACGCUGACGGGACAUGAUCUGCGGGCGAGGAUUAGUAUCAUUGCGCUGGUGCAUGAGGCGCGCGGACUGGAUGUGAAUCCGAUGACGAUUGAGAAGUUCCGCAAGGCUGGGGAUACAGAAAGUGUGCAGUCGCUCGAGAUCAUCCACAACGACGAAAUUACGCAUGUGACGACGGGGCAUCGGUGGUUGACGUGGAUCUGCGCGCAGGAGCACACGGACCCUGUGCAGGUGUUCCGGUCGAAUGUGCAGCAGUACUGGGUGGGAGCGCUGCGGGAGCCGUUCAACACAGAGGCGCGCAUGCAGGCGGGUCUGGACGAGCGGUAUUAUGGAAAUCUCGUGGGAUAUGGCAAGGCUUGAGGUAGUGUCACCCGUCCCCUCACAGUCUACAUAUCGAGCGUCCGUGUAGCGUGCCUGUGCAGGCACAAGCAGCCAUGCUACCAGACCACGCAGGCAGCUGCACACUGUACAUAGCAUAUCAUUUUAGCGAGCAAAAGCCCAUAUCACCACUAAUUCCCAAAAAAACAUCCAGAUGUAUCGGCUGUGAAAUCCUGGAACCCUUGCCUAGCAUCAGUACGAAGUGAAACUCCCAUCCAAUCCUCAGAUCCUAUCUUCCAACUCAUCCGCAUAAU